CAUGAUGAAUUGGGUAAAGUUCGUAAAAACAUUUUCMAAAGGUUUUAUUGUGAGUGUACCUAUUUCUAUUGCUAUUUAUGAUAACAUUGGUAGCGUGUCUGUAAUCCAAGGGUCAUCGAUGAAGCCCUGUCUAAAUCCAGAUUACAGAUACAGGGAUAUAGUAACUAUCAGAAGAAUAGGCCCGGGAUCAUAUACGAGAAUUCAUAGAGGAGAUGUUGUAUCAUUGUUAGACCCAGAAGAUCCAAGCAGAACUAUUAUAAAAAGAGUUAUUGGUUUACAAGGAGAUACUAUAAAGACUUUAGGGUAUAAAAAUAAAUAUGUGAAGAUACCAAAAGGACAUUGCUGGGUUGAAGGAGAUAAUCACAAAACAAGUUUUGACAGUAAUACCUUUGGACCAGUGGCUGUUGGGCUAAUUUAYGGGAAAGCAAGCCAUAUAGUCUGGCCAAUAAGGAGRUGGAGUAGCAUACAAACCCUACCACCUGACAACAGAGUUCCUCUUUCUAAAAAAGAAUGUGAAGAAAUUGAAAGAAUCGAAUCACUGCCUACAACGCAAAACGAAAGUCCGAUCGAGAGUAAUGACUAUAAUUUCACAGACUAUGAAACAAUGGACGACUGUGGGUUAUUACCAGGAAAAUUUGGCCCUGUUAGUUAGGUUUUAUAUAUUUUAUAAAGAAUGAUAAUAAAAAAAUGUUCUUGCAAGCGAAAGAAAGGGGCUAUUCAAAAAGGUUUUCAUUAAUUAGGGAAAUAGAGGCAAAAGGGGAAACAGUCACCCAAAAACGGGCAGCGUUUGAAUAUUUCGAUAAUCUACCCCACCCUGGCAAAAA